CGAGCGCGAGGGAGAGGGGGGGAGCGGCGGCGGCGGCGGCGGCGGGGAGGGCGGCGGGAACGCACAGACACGCACACGCACACGCGCACACACGGACACACACUCCGGGGACGCACACCCGCGCGCACACACGCAGAGGCAGCUCGCCUUCCUGCCUGGCUUCCUUCCUGUCUGCUCGGCGCCUGACAGGCCCCUUGCUGCAGCCAGGGGCCGCCCGCACCGGGCCGAGGCCGGGCCAGGCCGGGCCGGCGGCGAGGGCAGUGGGGGCCGCGGGCGGCGGCGGCGGCUCAUGCCCGGCCUGUCCCAGCGAGGGGCGGGCACCGUGACUCGGCUGGGCCCCCAGCGGCGGGCGAUGUGAAGAUGUCAGUGGGCUGUGCCUGUCCUGGUUGUUCCUCAAAGUCAUUCAAACUGUACUCGCCGAAGGAGCCCCCGAACGGCAACGCCUUCCCCCCCUUCCAUCCCGGCACCAUGCUGGAUCGGGAUGUGGGCCCAACUCCCAUGUACCCGCCUACAUACCUGGAGCCUGGGAUUGGGAGGCACACACCAUAUGGCAACCAAACUGACUACAGAAUAUUUGAGCUUAACAAACGGCUUCAGAACUGGACAGAGGAGUGUGACAAUCUCUGGUGGGAUGCUUUCACGACUGAGUUCUUUGAGGAUGAUGCCAUGUUGACCAUCACUUUCUGCCUGGAGGAUGGACCAAAGAGAUAUAGGGAGGCGUCUGCGUGGCCUCUUUUGUGGUCCUUCUGUCCUGAAGUUUGUCCCAUCUCUACAGCCAUUGGCCGGACCCUGAUCCCACGCUACUUCCGCAGCAUCUUUGAGGGGGGUGCUACAGAGCUCUACUAUGUGCUUAAGCACCCCAAGGAGGCAUUCCACAGCAACUUUGUGUCCCUCGACUGUGACCAGGGCAGCAUGGUGACCCAGCAUGGCAAGCCCAUGUUCACCCAGGUGUGUGUGGAGGGCCGCUUGUACUUGGAGUUCAUGUUUGACGACAUGAUGCGGAUAAAGACAUGGCACUUCAGCAUUCGGCAGCACCGAGAGCUCAUCCCCCGCAGCAUCCUUGCCAUGCACGCCCAGGACCCCCAGAUGUUGGAUCAGCUCUCUAAAAACAUCACCCGGUGUGGGCUGUCCAAUUCCACUCUUAACUACCUCCGACUCUGUGUGAUACUUGAGCCCAUGCAGGAGCUCAUGUCCCGCCACAAGACCUACAGCCUCAGCCCCCGCGACUGCCUCAAGACUUGCCUUUUCCAGAAGUGGCAGCGUAUGGUAGCACCCCCCGCGGAGCCCGCACGGCAGCAGCCUAGCAAACGGCGGAAACGGAAGAUGUCAGGGGGCAGCACCAUGAGCUCGGGGGGCGGCAAUACCAACAAUAGCAACAGCAAGAAGAAGAGCCCAGCCAGCACCUUCGCCCUCUCCAGCCAGGUACCUGAUGUGAUGGUGGUGGGGGAGCCCACCCUGAUGGGCGGGGAGUUCGGGGACGAGGACGAGAGGCUCAUCACCCGGCUGGAGAACACCCAGUUUGACGCGGCCAACGGCAUUGACGACGAGGACAGCUUUAACAACUCCCCUGCACUGGGCGCCAACAGCCCCUGGAACAGCAAGCCUCCAUCCAGCCAAGAAAGCAAAUCGGAGAACCCCACGUCACAGGCCUCCCAGUAAAGGCCCUGCCAUGGCCACCCAGCGUUCUUCCUGCCCCACCCCUUGCAGCCCCAGGGAGCAGAAGAUAGAAUGCAGAGACUGAGCAUCUAAAAUGGGCAGACUCCAUCCACCCACUUCAGGGAGGAACCGGACUCACUGGGGGCAGGUGCCAAGAUUUGCCCCUCAGUGGCCCUGGACUGGGCCUGGCCCCUGCAGAGCCUUUUGGGGGAAGGGGAUACUCAUGUGGAUGCCUACAUGGACCCUGGGUCUCUGAGAAAUGUCCUGACCACCCCCCAGGGCAUUUGCCUCCAUCCUCACCCCAGAUUCUGGGUUCCCCAUCCUCCUGACUUUACCCCUUUCAAGCUUGGGGUUGUUUGUACCCACAGCCCUUAGGGACUUAAAGUUAUGGGGCUUGGUCAAAUGCCUCUCUCCCUAGGUGACUGUAGUAGAGGGGUAAAGUUCUGGGCUCCUUCUCCCUUCUGCUACUUAUCCUGGCUCCAAGUUUUUUUAAAAAAUAAUAUUAUUAAAAAUGUAAGUUUAAAAAAAAGUCACUCAUGUCCCCCCUCUUCCCUCUAUUAAAAGCCCAGCUACCUCCCUACUCCUGGCAGAUGGAGGGCCCCUGGGCCCAGGUGGGAGUGAGAGUGGGGGCAAGGGGAUAUGCAUACCAUUUUAUACUGUUUGAGAGCUUCAGACCAAGAAGACAACUUUGCUAUCUCUCUUCCCCUUUCCUCUCUGGUGACUAGAGUUGGGAAAGGCAUACCAUGGGGUAGGGGGGCCAUGAUGGCCACAUCUUUGUGACAGCCCCCUACUAUUGUUUCUGCCCAUCCUCUGGACUCCAGCCUGCCCUCCUAGUGCUUGUGACUCCCUCUGUCCCAGCCCUGCCCCCACCUGUGGUGUGUAUAUUCUUUACAAGUCCUCCACUAGAGCAGCUGUCUUGGAUGGGGGAGGGCAAGGCUUCCUCCUGUAGGGAGUGUGGAAGGAAGGGAGCAGCCUUGUUGCUGCAUUUUUUUAUUUUGUCUCAGUUGGGCAGGCAUGGGAUGGGAGAGGGGCUCAUCCACUCUCCUCCAGAACACUCUUCCCCCAACCCCUCAAGCUUCAUAUUUAGUCCCACCCUGCCCUCCAGAGAGGGGAAGGAGCCACUGAGGAUGUCUCAGCUAUAAGCCCACCAGGGAGAAAUAGGCCUCUGUUCCCCCUGCUGAGGUAGAGGGUCUUCAUCUCCCAAUAUCUCCUCUUUCUCCUUCCUUGUAGAAGGUAGGAGGAGGCGGCAGCCAAGAUCCUCAGCUCGACUUCACAGUUGGACAUAUGGAGGCUUAGGGCCAGGGUACAGCCAGGAGCAGAGUCCUGUGAGGCUAGGCUGAGCUCUGUGGCUUUGCUGCCUUUUCCUGUGGCCAGUCCCAGGAACUGUUAGUACCACUUCUCUCCCUACUCUUCCCCUUGGAUUCUGGGGUCCCCCACACCCUGUUUCCUCCACUCCAGCUGCCACACUUUUGGAAGGGUAUUGUGUCAGGAGCUGAGGGGAAGGGGUGAGGAGGGUGGAUGACCCACCCCAACCAACUGUAAUGCCUUUUUUUUUUUUUUUUUUUUUUUUUUGGCCAAUUGAGUCAUGUAUGGUACCGAUCAAUAAAGAGACUUUUUGGUUUGA